AUGGCUUCAGACGAUCUCGUGUGGUCCAUCAUCGGGACCGAUUUUUGUAGUUUCAAGCUGAAGACGACCAAGGACCAGACAUUCUGUCGCAACGAGCACAACGUCUCUGGUUUCUGCAGUAAACAGUCUUGUCCCCUUGCCAACUCGAGAUACGCCACUAUUCGCUCUGACCCCGCCACGGGCUCUCUCUACCUCUACAUCAAGGCCAUCGAACGCGCCCACCUUCCCUCCAAGUGGUGGGAGAAGAUCAAAUUGCCUAGCAACUACACCAAAGCGCUUGAGCUCGUCGACCAGCAUCUGGCCUAUUUCCCCAAGUUCCUCGUACACAAGAACAAGCAACGCCUGACUCGUCUCACUCAAGUCAACAUUCGCAUUCGCAAACUCGCCAAAGAGGAUGAGCGCUUGGGUGAGAGAUUAGUCCCGCGACUGGCGCCCAAAGUGCGAAGACGAGAGGAAGGACGUGAACGCAAGGCUUUGGCUGCUGCCAAGGUCGAGCGAGCCAUCGAGCGAGUACUCAUCGAGCGCCUACGGUCCGGCGCCUAUGGCGAUCGCCCACUCAACGUCGAGCCAAAUGUCUGGAAUAAGGUCAUGCGUGGCCUGGAGAAGGAAGGACAAGCCGAGCGGGAUCAGGAUCUUGACGACGGGCUGGAGGAGGAAGACGAGGAGUACGAGCACGAGCUGGAGAAUGGUGCCGGCGAGGUCGAAUACGUUAGCGACAUUGAUGGCGAGUCAGACGAUGAAAUGGAAGACUUCGAAGACUGGAUUGGUGGACAGAGUCCUGACGAAGGCUCUGCUGGUGAGGACGAAAGCGAUAGCGCCAGCGCCAGUGAGAGCAGGGACGAGGAUGAGUCGGCUGAUGAAGAGACGGAAGCUCUCAAAAAGACUCUAGCAAACCUCAAGCGCAAGCGUCCUGCUGGACCCCCGCCCAAGCCGAAGAAGAAGCCAUCCAAGGAUCCAAAGGGUCCCAAGCGCGGAAUCGAGUACGAAGCCGAGAGAGAGCAUAUUGCGAGAGACUCUCUGAAUUUUUAA